GGACGCAUCCAUAUUACUGGAUGUUACUUCGAAACAUUUUCUGUUUGUCCUCUUGAAUGUUUCCUGUUUGUAUUUGAGCACCAGCCUCUCUUUCGAUGUCGUCUAAAGUUCCCUAUCAUUGUACGUUUGGGCUUUGACACAAAUGGCUGGAAUAAUUCUCAGGAGAUGUGUGAGCAGGACUUUACUGUCAGCAUCUGGUGCAAAAGGCAUCAGAAUAAGAGGGACAAGCCGGUACCACUGGACAACUUUAAGAAGGACUGUCACUACUGGAGGAGCUGCAUUCCUCCUCGGCUUCCCCACACUAUCCUGUCUGGGUUAUGAAGCUUAUCACAGAGUGCAGAGUUCGGCUGUGGUCCACGCUUUAGAAAAAGAGGAGGUUUUGGAGCAGGCUGACUACCUGUACAGCUGUGCAGAGACAGAGAAGCUUUACCAGCUGCUGCUGCAGUACAAGGACAGUGAUGAUGCAGAGUUCCUGUGGAGGCUGGCCCGGGCGUCUCGUGACCUGUCGGAACUGCCCAACAUGGAGGACGGACGGAAAAAGCAGCUGGUAUUCGAGGGCUUUGAAUACGCAAAGAAGGCCCUGGAGAAGGAUGAGAAGUGUUUCGCAGCACACAAAUGGUACGCGGUAUGUCUCAGUGAUGUCGGGGAAUACGAGGGGGUCAAGGUGAAAAUAGGAAAUUCGUACAUCAUCAGGGAACAUUUAGAGAAAGCCAUCGAGCUCAAUCCCAAAGAUGCCACUUCGUUACAUAUUUUGGGUUACUGGUGCUUUACCUUUGCUGAGCUGCCUUGGUAUCAACGCAAGGUAGCGGCUGUCAUUUUUUCAUCACCACCUACGUCCACAUAUGAGGAGGCUUUGGCAUUCUUUUUGAAAGCUGAAGAAGUUGAUCCAAACUUCUAUAGUAAAAACCUGCUAAUGCUCGGGAAAACCUACAUGGGCAUGAAAGACAAACAGAAAGCACUGCUCUAUCUAACCAAAGCAAAAGAGUACCCUGCUCACACACUGGAAGACAAAGAGGUCCAUAAAGAGGCUGUUGACCUCUUGAAGAAACUAGGAUGAAGCUGUUAUUACCACUUAGUGGAACAGGAUGCCCUUUGGGGACUUUUGGAGGCUUAAAAAUUGCAAAAGAAUGCUCAGUUUUAAAAUGUGAUUCUGUAAUUAAUACAAUAGAACCACAGUAUUUGUAAUCAUUCAGCUUUUAGUUAAAUUAAACACCAUGCAACGUUUGAUAUUGCAGUAGUAGACAGGAUGUA